AUGGGAUUGUCGACACGUAUAGCAACAAUCGUCCUCGGCCUAGCUGUACUGCUGGGCUGGUUGACCGACCGCCACACCCUCAUCUGGCUGACGGUGAACAACCAUCCCAGCCGACUUCCCCAGGUUUCCAAAUUCGCCGACCAAAAAAUCGUGCUCGCGGACCGGAUCCGUAACUGCGAAGAUGUCCACCUCGACACGCAGCGCGGCUUCGCCAUUUUGAGCUGCGACCCGGGCCGCGACACCUGGAACACCGUCAUGGGAACCUUCAUCAACGCCACCAACCCGGGAACCCUCUACCUCUACAACUACGCCUCCACCUUCGACUCGACCUCCGACGAAAACAACCUCCACCCACUCCCAUUGACCAACUUCCCCACCACCUCCCGCCAGACCUUCCACCCCCUGGGCCUAGCCUACGACCCAAAGACCUUGCAACUCUUCGUCGCGAACCACGCCCCGACCGGCUCGGCCAUCGAGCUCUUCACCCUCGACCCCAACUCUCAAGCCCCGUCGCUCCGCCACGAAAAGACCAUAACCCACCCGCUCCUGCACGGCCCCAACGCCCUGCUCGCCAUUUCCGAGCACGAGCUCUACAUCACCAACGACCACCGCUUCACCCAGCGCGCCUCCCCGCUCCUCGCCGCCCUGGAGACCUACUCCGCCUACCCCGGAGGCACGGUGGUCUACGCCAACCUCCAGACGGACACGUACAAGGUCGUCGCGCACCUGCCCUACGCGAACGGCAUCGCAGCGCUCAACCACACCCACGUGGCCGUCGCGUCGACGACGUCGCCCUCCGUGACGGUGUACCGGAUCGAUUCUGCCACCAAGGAUCUGGAGAAGACGCUGUCCUUCCGGACCAGGUGCCUGGUGGACAAUCUGAGCACGGACGGAAAGGGGAAGCUGAUCUUGGCGGGCCAUCCGUUCUUCCCGGCGGUGGCGAAGGUGGCUAAGACGAACUGGGCGGUAGAUUUCGAGGGGAAUGGGAAGGGUAAGCCUGUUGCGGAGAGAGGGCGGGCACCGAGUUGGGUCGCCCAGUGGGAUGGGAACGUGGAGGGGCGGGUGGAGGAUUUGUUUGUUGGAGAGGAGUUCGGGACGAGUUCGACCGCUGUGAGGGAUGUGAAGAGGGGGUUGGGGGUAGUCAGUGGCUUGUAUGAGAGAGGGGUUUUGGUGUGGAAGGAGUAA